AUGUCCUUAGCCCGCUUUCGCGCAGUCCCGGGCCGCGUCCAAUUGUUCAAUCUCUCCCCCGCCGCAAACUCCCAACACAAGCAAAAACGUGUGGGACGUGGCCAAGGCUCCGGAAGAGGUGGAACAUCCGGUCGAGGACAUAAGGGUCAAAAGGCACGCGCGGGCAAUGGCAAGCCUAAGGCUGGGUUUGAGGGUGGGCAGACUCAAUUAUCAAGGAAGACUUGGGCACCGGUCAACCUGGACAGAAUACAACAUUGGAUAGAUCAAGGCCGGCUAACGUCUUCGCCAGAGAAGCCCAUCACUGCCCGAGAACUGCUGCUCAGCGGUUGUAUACACAAUGCCCAUGAUGGUGUGAAGCUACUGGCCAACGGUGCCGAGCACCUCAAAACACCCGUUCAUAUCACACCAUCACGAGCGUCCCAGAGCGCUAUCCACGCAGUAGAGAAACUCGGUGGAACAGUACUAUGCAAGCACUAUAACGUGCUUGCUCUACGUGACUGCGUGCAUGGUCGGACAGACAGGGUAGAGGCAGCCCCUACGAACCGGAGGGACAUUCUCUGGUAUACAUCGUGGAAGAACCGUGGAUAUCUCUCGCCCGUGGCGAUCAAGACCAUGCCGAUGGUCGAAGAGCGUUGGAAGGUUCUGUCAGAGCAGCUCACGAAGUACAAGAAGCAGGACUUGCUGAAACAGAAGUAG